AUGAAUUAGUUUAAGCUUUUAAUAAUUUAUAUUAUUCAACAAUUCUUUUCUUCCAAAAAAAUUAUAAUUCUAACAAUAAGCUAACUGAAUUAAUAAUAUUUGGAUAUUCAGACACUAGUUUAUUUUAAAUAAAUGCAAGUUAACUUGACUAAGAGCUAAACCUCAAAAUAGUUAGUGCAGAAGUUACUUUUCAAUAAAGUUAAAUUCAAACGAAUGAAUUGCAUUUCUAAUUAUAAACAGCCGUUUUUUAUCAAAACAAAGUAUUAGGAUAGUAUAUAAUUUCUUUUGAUAAAGUCUAACAAAUGA